AUGAGUGAAAUUCCUUCUGAUUGGCCAGCUGGUGUACCAUUUUAUAGGUGGCCACCAUUCCCUGCCAAACCAGAGGGUGUCACCAUUAUUCCCUUCUCACAAUUCGUAGCCACGGGAAUCAAAGUGGAUCAGGACGAUGAUACGCCUGGUGUAGACCAGCAAGGUAUACCAACAAUCGGAUUACAAGCUCGCCAUGAUGGCGAAAAGAAGAAGCGUCGCAAGAAGAGGAAGAACGACAAGGGUGAAACUGUUGAAGUUCCUCUUGCCUGGUGGGAGGAAUUGGAAGAGGACACGAAGAAUGCACGUCCAAUUUACAAAUAUGAUCAACGCGAAACGUAUCUUGAUCGAAUGAUUCAAGCAUGGAAGGACUUUAACGAGAAGAGACACUUCCCUGUACAUGUUCAGGCAGUAGUUCAUGCACUUGGUAUAUGUCUCGGACUAAUCGAUCCAAACCCUAACGGAGUCAAGACCAACAAGGAGAAGGCAAGCUCUCAAGAUGGGGAGUCGGACGACGACUUUGAAGACGAAGAAAAGGCGGAAACAUCGGGUACUCCUUCGGCGCCCGUCACCCAGGAUCUGUAUGAUGCAGACCUUAAACCUGAAACAGCAAGGGAAAAGGCAAUGGAUGCCUUCUUUCAAGAUCCCGAACGUGUCAUCAAGCUAUUCUUAACGUCAUAUGCCUAUGACAAGGGUAUAUAUUGGAACGAGGCCAAGCUGCAUGACACCCCGAUUCUUGUUGAAGCAUUCCUCAAUUUUCUUGAUACCAAUCAGGUCUUUGGUCCAUCAGAGAAGAGCACACGAUUCGGUGUUGCUCAAGGAAAGAAAAUUGUCCAAUUAGCCAAGGAAGAAAUGCCACAUGCCAACAAACUGGCAAACAUAUUUCCUGACAAAUGGGGAAAGGCCUGUGGAGCACUCUGGGGCCAACGACUCUCAGGGCCAUCUACUUGGGUGUUUGGUGAACUCCUUCCUGAAGAAACUACUGCAGACAGCGAGAUGGACACGCUUGAUCCAGUCGCUCCGGUACAACCUGUUAUCACAGGGGACGAUAUAAUAUUCGAACCAACCGAUACUGAACUGCUAAUUGACGGAAUCGAGCCACCCAGUAUUAAUGGCGUUCAAACAGAGUGGACAAAUAUCAAUUCGAACACGAGCGGCUGGGGUUCCCUUAACGCAUGGGGUUCUGGCGAUACUGAUAACGGUGCAUGGCAUGGGGAGGGCGAAGGCGAAGGCGAUGCCAACUCGGGCGAAAACUCUGGUGAAAACCCGACUUGGAACAUGGAUGCAUUUAAAGAGCCUCCUCCUCCGGACCCCAGUACCGUUUGGGGCAAUUUUGCUCCUCCAGGGAGAGAGCAACUCGAAUCCAUUAUUGGGCCAAACGAGCUCGCCAGGACCUAUGUUACACUGCGUGUUGAGAUAAGCUCCCGAGUGAUUGGCACGCUUACCGAACCAGCCCAGAAUACCACAGCUGCCUCCGAGGGGAAUUCAUUCGCGGACAUUGCCCAACGACGCCUGGCUCGGCUCACGUUAUCACCAUCUCGUUUCUUAAAAACAGCACCCGCCUAUGGCGCCUGUAUCACCCAACCUGACGUGAUGGGUCUUUCAGUUGACGAUUCAAGGUUCACUUGGGUGGGAUCACAUGAUCCCAGUACUAGCGAUAUUACUAUCUUUGUCCCAACCGAUGAAGAUCUACUGGAUGUCAUAAGAAAGGGAACUGGGAUGACGAUAACUGGGACGUUUAUUCAGGUCGCCGAACUUGCCCCCCCGAAAGAAGACGCACCCGCAGAGACCGGGGCAACUGGCGGGGCGCCGCCCAAGAAGAAAAAGAAGAAGGGAAAGACAGCUACCACAGAUGUUCGUUCGUGGUGGUUCUUGUACCAAUUAACACAGGUCUUUCCGACCUUUUACGAACAGUAA